UGGAUUUCAAGAUUUGAUUGGUCAAAUCUAGUGAAUUCUUAGUCUUGUCUUGUGUUGAAACAUAAGCAAACAAGAUUCAAGAAUCUUUCAUUGUAACAAGAGUUUUGACUCCACUAAUCACACUUAUAGGAUAACGACGCCAUAAUCUUCCGCUGAUAAGAAUGGAUUAGGCUUCUGCUGAACUCCUUUAUUUAUCAGCACACAGUCUUGUCUCACAAACUCUUUCUCACACACACAAGAAUGGUGUUAAUUCUACUUAUUAUUUUGCUAAUCCAUCUAGCUUCUCCCUUCUUUGUGGGAUCCCAAAACUUCUCCUUCCCAACGUUUGAUUCAUCAAAUUGUGAGAAGGGAGGCAGUUUGAUCUGUUUGGGAUCAGUAAGCUGUAGCAACGGAAGCCUAACCAUCACCCCGAACGGGGCGCAAGAGACGAGCCUUGUGGGACGGGUUCUAUUCCGUUACCCUAUUCUUGCAUGGCCGGCAUCCUUCUCCACCUCCUUCACCAUCAGGGUCACGUCGGGUUCAAAUCUCUCCGGUGACGGGGUGGCGUUCAUCAUCGCGCAGGAUGACAAGCCGUCCCCACCGGAGAGCUACGGCUCCUACAUAGGCAUCAUGGAUCCUUCAACAGAAGGUGGUUUUCUUCGACAACUAGCUGUGGAGUUCGACACCUACAAGAACCCUCGGGACAUAGACAAGAACCACAUUGCAAUCGACACCAUUGAUGUCGAGCAUCCAGUGGCUGUAAGAAGCCUAAAUGAUGUAGGAAUUGAUCUCAAGAGUGGGAGAAACAUUAGAGUCAAGAUUGACUAUGAUGGCCUCAAAAAGAUCCUCCAAGUGCACGUGGCAUAUGCAGACGAACCUAUGGUGAGUUUCUUGAAGCAGAAGAUCAUCAUGGAAGAUACCGUCCCUCAGCAAGCCUACGUGGGCUUCACCGGCUCAACUGGUCAUAUAUCCGAAACUCAUCAGAUUCUUGAUUGGAAUUUCACUAUGUAUGCGUUGCCAGAAGGCUCUCUAGGUCAAGGGAUUGGUGGGAACAAGCCUACAAUAGUAUUGCACAUUUUAAUCCCAACUCUUGUGGUGCUAGCAUUUGCUGCUAUACUGACCUUGGCUGCUGCUAGAAGGAGGCGAAAGGCGAGGCUUGAGGGAGUAAGAGACAUUGAAAAGCUGGCCAAGAAUGCAGCAAACGCCCCUAAAUUCUUCACAUACAAGCAGCUUGCAAAGGCUACUCAUGGCUUCAACAAAGAGAAUCUGCUUGGAACAGGUGGAUUUGGAAGUGUUUACAAAGGCAUUUUGCCUAAUUCUGACUCUGUUACUACCAUAGCUGUCAAAAAGAUCAAUGCAACCUCAAGCCAAGGUGAGAAGGAGUACUUAGCCGAGAUCUGCACAAUAGGGCGUUUGAGGCAUAAGAACUUGGUGCAGCUACUAGGGUGGUGCCAUGAUCGGAAACAACUACUACUCGUGUACGAAUACAUGCCAAACGGAAGCUUAGACCGUUACAUAGGCAAGGAGUUUCUAAAUUGGGAAACUAGGUACAAGAUUCUAUCAGGGUUGGCCUCAGUUCUGUUGUACCUUCAUGAGGAGUGUGAGAAUCCUGUGGUCCAUAGAGAUGUGAAGCCAAACAAUGUGAUGCUUGAUUCCAACUACAAUGCUCAUCUAGGCGACUUUGGCCUAGCAAGAUUGCUUGGAAACGAUGCUUUUGUGGCAACCAUGGUUGCUGGAACUAUUGGCUAUUUGGCACCUGAGGUCAGCUACACAGGGCGGGCUACCCCAGAGUCGGACGUCUACAGCUUUGGGAUGGUGGUGCUCGAGAUGGUGUGUGGGAGGAGGUCGAGAGGUGUGAUGGAGGAGUUCAGUUUGGUGGAUACCGUGUGGAAUUUGCACGAGAAGGGCGCGUUGCUCUCGUGUGUGGAUCGUGCGUUGAGCGGCCGGUGCCAUGAAGAGCAAGUGAGAAGGAGUUUGGUUGUGGGGUUGGCUUGUUUGAACCCUAAUCAAAUGGAGAGGCCUAAGAUGAGGAAAGUGGUGCAAGUUUUUCUCAAUGGUGAUGAGCCAUUAAUGGAGGUGCCUUUGGCAAGGCCGACCGAGGUUUGCUUGUCGUUGCCGUCUUCCUCGGCCGAGCUCGGGUGCUCUAGGGUUUACAGUGGAGGUUCGAUGGAUGAUUCGCCAGAUGAGAUCACGAUACAGUACGAUGGAUGCUUUACCAAGUGAAUUUUGUUAGUAUAGUGUUGUAUAGACAAUGAAAUAAAUUGCCAAAAACAUACUACAAUCAUCUUUGACAUAAAA